AGUAUUUGAAAGUAGAAGAAAGAAAAAUCAUUGCUUUUACUUUUCAUGGAAGAGUUUAUGAUCUGCGAGCUAUUUUUGCUCUUAAAACUUUCAAUUUAUUUAUCUAUAUUUUUUUUUCUUGGUUCCUAUUCCUAAUAGAAAUAUAUGUAAUUGGACAAUUUUCCUAGGUAAUAUUCAUUAAAGUGCGCAACAACUAUUGUGAAACGACGUCGUGUUGAGGUUGUUUGGCUUAGUCAGAAGAAACACGGAUGAACAAAGACAUGGAAAAUAAUCGUCUCUUAGCAAAUCUAGCAUUCUCAAAAUUCAAAAAUCAUAUUCUCUUCACCUAGCCGUAGCCCUAGCUAGGGUUUUCGAUUCGCAAGGGGCAAAUGAACCAGGCAUCAUCGACGAAGCCCAAUCCCAAUCCCAUUCCCAGUUCCAAUCCAAACCAAAACCCUAGUUCGUUGAACAACAAUGCGAGGUUAGCGACGGCGGAAUGCGGGAACUGUGGGUCGCCGAACAGGUGGGUUCUCCACCAUGUUCGUAUCAGAGGCAUCCAUCGCCGCCUCUGCACCACCUGCGUCCUCCGUCUCCACCCUUCCUUAUUCUGCCCUGGCUGCUUUCAGUUCUACGACUCCAACAACGUUCCUCCUCCCUCCAAACGACUCACCUGCUCCAAAUGCUCCUCUUUCACUCACUCUCACUGCGCUCAACCGCCGACGGCGCCGCCAACUUCUUCGGCUUCGGCGUCUUCCUCAUCCUCAGCCUCCUACCUCUGUCCGGCUUGCGCUUCCCCCAAUUUCAACUUCUUUGACAUUGAUUCUGAACCCAACCGGGCUAUCGACAAGAGACUCGCCCUCGUCUUGCUCUGUGCUGCCAAGAUCUCGGCUGCAUCCAUGACCAAGGCCGUGAUCGUCGCCCGGGCUGAGGCUGAGCGACGAGUUCGUGAGGCUGCGCUAGCCCGGAAGAGGGCGAAGGAGGCCCUCGAUAACUUGGCGAUUCUCUUCCACAGCAGGGGAGAUAAGGCUAUGCGCAAGGAUGUUGUUGGUGAAGGCUCCGCUGAGGUUUCUGGGUCCCGGAAAACCCCACUUGCUCAGAAUUCGCAGGUGGGGAAGAUGUUCAAUGGUUUUACUCCUCCUCCUAGGCAGAGUACAGUGAUGCUUGGUUCCUCUCAACCCAGUGAGAAAAACGACAAUCGGGAGCCCAAACCUGUUAUCGAUCAUCAUCAUCAUCACCGCCCAACCCUUCAAUCUAACGGUAAUGUAUAUGAAAAGGACAAGUCUGCGGCCAUGGACGUUGACAAGGAAAAGGUUAAGCUUGAGCCGAAGAUACAGUAAAGGAAAUGAUGAUUAUGUUCGUUCAGAAUGAAAUUUGUAUUACAUUUUUUAGCUGUAUUAUUUUUUAAGGCUUUGGUUGGACUGGUAGGAGAAUUGAUAGAAGGAUGAGCUUUAGCACCCAUGAAUUGAUUAUGCUGUGCCAUGUGCAAUUUACGUCAUACAUUUUGUUCUUCUUCCUUCAGUUUAAUGCUUUGUUUUCUUUUGGGUUCUCUGGUUCUGUGAUUACUUUGGUUCUCUUCUUCCUGUCUUGUUGAUCUGAGUAUUAUGGCUCCACUGCUAUUGAUGAGUCUGGACAUUGUUGUAAUGUUGUUUAGUGAAGAUAGGGUUGACUUAGUUUUUCUUUUCUGGGUUAAGUUUGCUGAUGAUGUCCACCUUGUAUGUAUGUAUAUAUAAUAAUGACAUUGAUCAUUAGUUUGGUGA